CCCCCCCGCCCCCUUUCCUCCGCCGGCUGUUCGUCACCGCGGUCCUCACGUGUAGGUGCCGGCCGGGGAGGAAGGUGGUGGGCCGCUGGGCUGAAAGAGUCCCCCGGGACGCCGAGCAUGAAGUGUCACUACGAAGUGCUGGGGGUGAAACGCGACGCGUCCGAUGAAGACCUCAAGCGAGCCUAUCGGAAGCUGGCCCUCCGCUGGCAUCCAGGUACGACAAUCACAGGGAAGCUCUUUUGAAAGGAGGCGUUGAUGGAGGCUACCAAGAUGACAGUCUGGAUUUGGUCCUGUAUUUCACCGUUACGUGUUAUUCUGGCUACGAGGAUGAUAAAAAGGCUGGCAGAGCAAUACAAGGAGCAGAGCUGGAUUACCAUGUCUGACCUGGAGCGCGAACUGCAGCAGAUGGAAGCUCAGUAUGAAAAGGAGUUUGGAGAUGGGUCUAGCGAAGAAGAAGAGGAAGAAAAAGAAGAGAGGAAAGAGAACCAAGAAGAGGACAAAUUAUGUGAAGAACAGGAUGCUGCCAAUCUUUUUGAUGAGCUCUACUGUCCCGCUUGUGAUAAAUCCUUCAAGACAGAGAAAGCGAUGAAGAACCAUGAGAAGUCCAAGAAGCACCGGGAGAUAGUGGCUUUGCUCCGGCAGCAGUUAGAAGAAGAGGAAGAAGCGUUUUCUGUCUCCACGGUGGAUGAGAACGGGUGGAACAGCGAAGAGGAACCAGAAGAACCAGUGCCCAGGCAAAAGCUGUCAAAGAAACAGCGAAGGAAGCAAAGGACAGCAGGUGUAAGUUUUUUGUUCUUUUUAAAGCCGAUUUCCCUUUGCAUGUUUUCCUGUUCUGAGCUGCCAAAUCAAUGGUAUUUGGGAAUUAUUUCUGCCUCCGUUUGA